AUGAAACGAAGUCUUGCUUCCUCUAAUAAUGACGAAAAUGUUGCUGAUGAAAAUAAAUUUAAAAAAGCCAAAAUGAUGAUGGCCACCGAUGCAAUGUUAAAUUGUCCAGGAGGAGUGUUUGUUGCUCCGAAUGAUGAAAUUUAUAUUGCUGAUAACCUAAAUCAUCGGGUGAGAAAAAUAUUAAAAGAUGGAACCAUAGUCACCAUUGCAGGAAUUGGAGAAGAAGAAGGAGAAGGAUUCAGUGGUGAUGGUGGACCUGCAACAAGUGCACAAUUUAACCAUCCAUGUGAUGUAUUUGUUUCAUCAACGAAUGAAGUUUAUAUUUCUGAUUUUGGAAAUUAUAGAAUUAGAAAAAUAUUAAGAAAUGGCAAUAUUGUAACAAUUGCAGGAACUGGAGAAGAAGGAUAUAGUGGAGAUGGAGGACCUGCAAUUAAUGCACAAAUAUCAGCUGUAAAUAAUAUAUUCGUUUCUCAAAAUGAUGAAGUUUAUUUUUCUGAUUUUAGAAAUCAUAGAAUUAGAAAGAUAUUGAGAAAUGGAACUAUUGUAACAAUUGCAGGAACUGGUGAACAAGGAUUUAGUGGAGAUGGUGGUCCUGCAAUUAAUGCAAAAUUAAACACCCCUUGUGGUGUUUUUGUUUCUAAUAACGAUGAAGUUUAUAUUGUAGAUUACAAGAGUCAUCGAAUUAGAAAGAUGUUGCAAGAUGGAACAAUUAUAACAAUUGCAGGAACUGGUGAACAAGGAUUUGGAGGUGAUGGAGGACCUGCAACAAGUGCACAAUUGAGCCAUCCAUGUGGUGUAUUUGUUUCAUCAACGAAUGAAGUUUAUAUUACUGAUAGUUAUAAUUAUAGAAUUAGGAAAAUAUUAAGAAAUGGCAAUAUUACAACAAUUGCAGGAACUGGAGUUAAAGGAUAUAGUGGUGAUGGAGGACUUGCAAUUAAUGCACAAAUAUCAUAUGUAGAGAAUAUAUUUGUUUCUCAAAAUGAUGAAGUUUAUAUUGCUGAUACAAAUAAUCAUCGAAUUAGAAAAAUAUUGAAAGAUGGAACAAUUGAAACAAUUGCUGGAAAUGGUGAAAAAGGAUUUGGAGGUGAUUCACCAUUUGAUUUUUCAUCGCAUCCACAUAUUGGAAAUGAUUAUACUAUAAUUCCAAAAAUCCAAUUGAAAAAACAUUCAAGAGAUGAAUUAUUUGGAUUGAAUUUGAUUGGAUUUAUUCCAUUAAUAGAAAAAUUAUCACCACAAUUUUCCACUAAAGCAAUGUUAAAUUGUCCGGGAGGAGUGUUUGUUGCUCCGAAUGAUGAGGUUUAUAUGGCAGAUUGCCAAAAUCAUAGGGUGAGAAAAAUAUUAAAAGAUGGAACUAUAGUCACCAUCGCAGGAACUGGAGAAGAAGGAUUUAGUGGUGACGGUGAUCCUGCAACAAGUGCACAAUUGAGCCAUCCAUGUAGUGUAUUUGUUUCAUCAACGAAUGAAGUUUUUUUUGCUGAUAGUGGAAAUUAUAGAAUUAGAAAAAUAUUAAGAAAUGGCAAUAUUGUAACAAUUGCAGGAACUGGAGAAAAAGGAUAUAGUGGUGAUGGUAGACCUGCAAUUAAUGCACAAAUAUCAUAUGUACAGAAUAUAUUCGUUUCUCAAAAUGAUGAAAUUUAUUUUUCUGAUUUUGGAAAUCAUAGAAUUAGAAAGAUAUUGAGAAAUGGAACUAUUGUAACAAUUGCAGGAACUGGAGAAAAAGGAUUUAGUGGAGAUGGUGGCCCUGCAACAAGUGCACAAUUAGACAGCCCUUGUGGUGUUUUUGUUUCUAAUAACGAUGAAGUUUAUAUUGUAGAUUACAACAAUCAUCGAAUUAGAAAAAUAUUAAGAAAUGGAAUUAUUAAUACAAUUGCAGGAACUGGAGAAGAAGGAUUCAGUGGUGAUGGUGGUCCUGCAAUUAAUGCACAAGUUAACCAUCCAUGUGGUGUAUUUGUUUCAUCAACGAAUGAAGUUUAUAUUAUGAAUAGUGGAAAUUAUAGAAUUAGAAAAAUAUUAAGAAAUGCCAAUAUUACAACAAUUGCAGGAACUGGAGUUAAAGGAUAUAGUGGUGAUGGAGGACUUGCAAUUAAUGCACAAAUAUCAUAUGUAGACAAUAUAUUCGUUUCUCGAAAUGAUGAAGUUUAUAUUGCUGAUACAGAAAAUCAUAGAAUUAGAAAAAUAUUAAGAAAUGGAACAAUUAAAACAAUUGCUGGAAAUGGUGAAGAAGGAUUUGGAGGUGAUUCACCAUUUGAUUUUUCAUCGCAUCCACAUAUUGGAAAUGAUUAUACUAUAAUUCCAAAAAUCCAAUUGAAAAAACAUUCAAGAGAUGAAUUAUUUGGAUUGGAAUUGAUUGGAUUUAUUCCAUUAAUAGAAAAGUUAUCACCACAAUUUUGUAAAAUAAUAUUGAAAAAUGAAAAACUAUUGAAAUCAAUGAAUUCGCAACAAAUAAGAUUGAAAGAUUGA